AUGGCACCACCGCGUCAGAGCAACGUCCGGCGUCGCGAAACGUCAACAGGCGACUUCCACGAGCUUGGAGUGAAGGGACGAAAGACUGGAAUUGAACUGCCCGACACCGGCGUACGUGACGAACAUGGCAUGCAACCCAUCGACGGAUUAUUCUCCUCGCCGGAGAAGGACAAUAGAUCGCCCGGCGACGACAUGACGCGCGGCGAGCAGGACAUGGAGCUGGAAUCGGAAUCCGGCCCUGGACCUGCCUCCAUCAUGAAGAACCACCCUCGCCUUGUACCCCGGGGAACUUCCCCACGCAAGACCAACCUCGGAUCGCCCGCGAUGCGGCACCCCAGCUUCGGGCCUUCGUCAUCGCCGACCCGGCUGUCGCCCAACCGAGGAUCGCCUCCUCGGUUGCCGCCCAACCGUGGUAGUUCGGUAUCUCGUCGUCUCGAUUACGGUGGUCCUGACAAGGGCGCCAGAGGCCCUAACGGAGUGAAUGGUCGCGCUCUCUCGACGGAGGACGAGGAAGACGAGGAUGCUGUGUCGCAAGCUCAGAACGGAUCGCCUGUGGAGAAUGGCGAUGAAGAGUCGAUGCAGAUGGUCGGCAUGGACGGGGAUGAUGAGCCAGAACCUGAGUCGGUGACAGGAGCGCCGGAUGCUGAAGAAGUUGACGUCGAGGAGUCGGUAGCAGAGGCACCGCAGCCUAUCAAACGCAGGGGUCGUCCGCGCAAGGCCCAGUCACCCGUGGAGGAAGAGGCUGAGGAGGCGCCUGCAGACUCCGGCCAUGAAUCGGAAGAGCAAGCACCCGUCAAAAGAAGAGGUCGCCCGGCCAAGGGCAAAGGCAAGGCCAAAGCAGACGAACCGGAAGAGGAGCCCGAGGCAGAGGCCAGCGCCUCUAGGCGCAGACGCUCACGGAAUUCUAACGCAGAUGAGGUCGAGCAGGAAGAAGCGGAGGGCCGCUCAUCGAAAAGACAACGCACAGAGCCCAAGAAGCCAACGACGGGAAAGCGCGGACGCCCCAAGGCCGAUCCCAGGAAGGAAGAGGGAGGCGAGUCCAAGGGCGCCGAAGCCGACCCGAAACCCAAGGGCAAGCCCGGUCGCAAACCGAAAGCCGCUCUUGGCGACGACUCGAUUCUCGGCGUCGUGCAAAAGGGGCCGCCCAUGCCCAAGGCACGCGGCCUGGUCUCGCAAAAACGACAGCAGGACCCUCACGCAGUCACUCAAACUAGAUCCGGCCGCCAGUCAUACCGUCCACUCGCCUUCUGGAAGAAUGAACACGUUACCUACGACGAGGACGAGGCAUUUGAGGACGGCAAGAAGGGUGGCAGGUUUCUGCUGCCGAGCGUCAAGGAAAUCAUCCGCGUUGAGGAGGAAGAGCGCGAGGCGCGGAAGAGCAAGAAAUCAAAGGGCCGCAAGGCCGCCGUCAAGGGCAGACGGCGCCACGCUGACUCCGACAACGAGGAGGAACCGCCCGAGCCGUGGGAGCAGGAUCCCGGCAGCAUCGAAGGUGAGAUCGUCGUCUGGCAGCCCGAGCACGAAUUCAACCCGCCCGCCAUCAACGAUCAGGUCGAGGUCGAUGAGGACCGGAUCGCUGUGGCGGCGGGGGCUAUCCAGACGCGCGACAUUAGAGAUGCGACGUUCCGUUUUGCCAAGACGCUCAGCUUGCCCUUCUUCGGCUCUGGCGUCGUCGACCUCCCGCCGGGGGCGGAGAAGCGGCCCAAAAACUCGCGCAAGAUGCAGAUGGUGUUUUUUGUAUUCCAAGGCAAAGUCCUGGUCACGGUUCAUGAGACCCAGUUCAGGAUCGGCGCCGGCGGAAUGUGGUUCGUGCCGAGGGGCAACUACUACAGCAUCGAGAACGACUAUGAGACGCCCGCGCGCAUCUUCUUUGCCCAGGGUUGUGAGAUUAGCAACGGCCUGUCGCAGGGAGCGGGCGGCUCCCAGGACACAACCAUCAUGGGUUGA